UUUCAUCGGAAAUUGACAAGAUGAAUAUUCGAUGGAUUGUUUUAAGCGCUGCAAUAAUUUUCACGAGUCUCGCUAUGUCCCAAAUCAAAAACAAAAGCACCCGUAAACCCGUGAGUACUGUGAGUACCACUACACAGACACCAAAAAUGUGCGCUCAUUACACGAAACUCAAAGAGCAAUUUUUCGAGAGUUCUAGAUCAGAACAAUUUUACGAUGACAGUAAUCCCCUGCAGCUACUGUUUGCACCAAAGAAAGUUGCUGACGGCAGAAGAUUUCAGUACCAGGGAAGGAUUUACUUUGAAAGUUCGAUAAAGAGCAACUACAAAGAUGCACUGGAGAGUUGUUUAGUGCGAAAAAUGGAACUUUUGUCUUUUGAAAACAACAUGGAACGAACAGCAAAAUUUUGGAGGAAACCUUUUUCUUACGCUGCAGUUGUCGAAAAGAAUGCCAGGGAGGAAAACGAUCUGAACAAACUCGGAAAAGUUAUUGAAUUUAAGAAUCAAGUUUAUCUUUUUGGAGACCCUCAGAGCCCGGUGACGUGGAGUGAAAAUUGGAAAACCUGCUGUGAGCUCGGAAUGAAGCCUUUGUCCCUCGACCUGAACCCAGAUGGCAUUUACUAUGGCAAAUUUGAGACUACUGAAGAGAAAUUCGCCCUUUCCGGAGUGUUUUGGACUUCGGGAACAAAAAGCGGCUGCUCAGGCCAAUACACCGCGUGUUUCCACACAAACAGCACAUUCGGAAUGGAAGUUUUGGGAAACGGGGGCGACGGGUCGUGCGUCCUCAUCACCAGGCUGGACGGCUAUAAUUGGGCAGCCAGGUCGGAUCAAUGCUCCUCCAAAUACCAGUUGGCCUGCCAAGGAGGAGCGAAUUUCGCCCUUGUCUCUCAAUCUAGUACUAAUGUGAGAGUUGAAACCGACAAAUGUGACUCGCCAAGUUGUUUCCAGUAUGAAACAUGCGAAAUCAACAACGAUACAAUGGUUUUCACUGAAACGGGGAAAAAGGAAAUAUACGACCCACUUUCGUACGGCUCCUGGACACAAGCUUGUGGAAUGAUUACUUUAGUUUCUAACUAUGCAGUGCCUUGGGCAGAGGCGAAGAAAAUUUGCUGUGCUUUAGGCAUGGAGCUCGUUUCCAUAAGAAGCGUAGAAAAGCUCAACUGUGUGCAAAACGUUCUAAUCGACGCAAUUAUUUCAACUUCGCAACUCUGGACGUCGGGAAGGAAAUUCACGGCAUGUCCCAAAGCGUCUCGUUGGUGUUCGAAAAUCGCCAGUGACUUUGUUUCGCCGAAGUUGCCGUGGGAGGAAAACGUGAACGAUAUCGGAAACUCGUGCAUUUACAUGAACACAAUUCACAACGGAUAUUUUUUGGGUGACCCAAAGUUGAACUACGGGGACUGCGGUGAAAAGAAGUUCUUUGUUUCCAAACUACUGAGACUUCUAAACGGGACCAUUGAAAAUUUCAGCUUUGCCAUGAAGUCGUUCACCCAAUGCCUCGCUGAAAAUUUUGAAAUAAUCUCCAACGGAAACGUCAUCGAUGAAGUCAAAACCUUUGCAAUGCUCGAACAACUUUCAUCAAAAAUCAUAGAAGAGACGGCCAAAAUUAUUGCAGAGGAUUUUGUUGCUCCAAUGGAUGACGAGACGAUGGCGUCGAUGCUGCUUCGACUCGGAGGCAGGAGACUCGCGGUUCACACAGAAAAUAAGAAACUCAGUUCUUUCCAGGAUAGAAAAAUUCAAGAUUUCGAUAUCGUGGCAGGACUAAAAACACGCAUCAACGUUUGCAAAAAGAAAACCAGUGGUCGAAUGAAACCAACUGUUGCGUUUGAUUUUUUCGUUUGUCUCGCUGGCGAAAACUCGGACAUUUUGCUGCGACAAUUCACAAAGCUUGAUAUUAUGAAUAACAGCAAAUUAGCUACCGAUGACGUUGACGAAAAUGCACUAGAAAUAAAACAACGUUAUCCGAAAAUAGUGCAAGGAACGCCAAGUCCCAAUCGAUGUUCUACAUUAUACAACACCAAAAGGAUUAGAAUGAACUGUGCGGAGGCAUUAGGUGGCGCCUAUGCGUAUGAUUUGGCCAAAAAAAUCGAAAUGGCUGGUCCAUUACAUGGCCACUUUGAUAGGAUGUACAGAUUUUGUGAAUAUCAUGGAGCUCACCUUCCGUAUGCCAGAAAUGCCAGUGAAUUUGAAGCUGUUUUUGGCACGAUGUCCCAACCAGCCUUUACAACAAAUCAAUUCCCGAUCGUGUGGAGUCCUUCUUUCAAAGAGAACGGCGAGUUCAAGUGGUGUUGCGCAGAGUGCCCUGGAAAAGUCACCACAGUGCCGUACAAGGUCGAGGGCGACGCCGACGGUCCUUUCCUGCUCGUCUCCAAACCCGGUUCAAAGGUCAACCUGAAGGUUGUUUCGGUGUUCAACGCUAGAAGCCUCAAUGUCAGCAGCCCAAUGAUCGCCUGCAUUUUUGAUGAGGGGACGAGGAGCAACGAUUGCAACAUCACAAAAAUCAUGGAUAAAUUGCAGGAAUACGGGAUGAAUAUGUGGAUGAAUUUAAGGCAAAUGGCAGUAGGACUUUCUAUUCCCGGCUACCAAGCGCCACCUUCUGGGAUGUCGAGCCUUUAUGACCAAUACGCGAAGCUGCUUUGGCCUGACUAUACCGAUUGA